AAAAAAAAAAAAAAAAGUACGUAGUUAUAGAUCUUUAAUGACGCGUAUAAAUGGUCACAUUUAGAUGGCUUAUAAACUCGAAACUAAGAAAAAAAAAAUGCGCAUUUAGCACUUUUAAAACCCUCGCUUAAAAGUCCUUUUUUUUUUUCUUUUCUUCUCCUUCACAUUACUAUAUACAUAUAAAAAUGUCAGCUGAAGACGUUCUUAACGAUGAACUUAUGGUUCUUGAAGAAGAAACUAUGAAAGUUGCUGAGCAAGUUCAAGCUUAUCAACGUAAAUUGAUGACUCCUAUUUGGGAAAAGCGUCGUGAAAUGGUUAAGAAAAUUCCUGGUUUCUGGGGACAAGUGCUUGGUAAUUCACCCUUGUUUGGUGUUGAUCCUUCUGAAAAUGAUGUUGAAGCUUUAGAAAAUUUGGUUGAUUUCCAUGUUGAAUAUGAUCAUGAAAAGCCUGAUUAUCGUAAGGUUUCAGCUACUUUCAAGAAGAAUGAUAUCUUCAAAAAUGAAACUUUAACCAAGGAAUAUUCAAUUGAUCCUGAAAGUGACGGCUCUGUUAUUUCCAAGACUACUAUUGAAUAUCAUGAAAGUAAGGCUCCCAACAAGAAGCGUAAGGCAGCUGACGAAGACGAUGAUGAUGAUGAUUUUGCUGUUUCUUUCCUUGAAUGGUUCAGUGAUGACGAUGUUCGUCCUGGUAUCAUUCUUAGUGAAGAUAUCUUCCCUAAUGCUAUUGAAUAUUUCCAAGGUCCUGAAGACGAUGAUGAAGAUGAAGAUGAAGAAAUUGAACUUGGUUCUGAAGAUGAGUCUGAAGAAGAGGAAGAAAAGCCCAAGAAGAAAAAGUCAAAGAAAUAAAUUCCUAAACAUCUAUAACGCUUCUCUUUUUUUUUCUUUUUCCUUCUCCCUUUUAUACGUACAUUAAUAAAUCACCCUUUUUUUUUAUAUGUAUAUAAAAA